AUGGUGGUUCAUGUGUUGGACGAUUUCUAUCUUGGUCUCACGGCCAUCAUUACCGUCGUCUACCAGCUCAUCUUCUUCACCAUCUCCUACUCCUGCAAGUUCGACUUGUUAACAGACUUUGCGGGAGGCACCAACUUCGCCAUCCUCGCCAUCACAACCGUCUCCCUCUCCCAGUCCCCCACCCCGCGCCAAAUCCUCGUCACUAUCCUCAUGACCAUCUGGGCCCUCCGCCUCUCCAUCUUCCUCUUCUACCGCAUCCUCCGCACUGGCCACGACACUCGCUUCGACAACAUGCGAGGCAAGUUCUUCCCCCUCCUCACCUUCUGGAUCUUCCAGGCGCUCUGGGUCUGGGUCGUCUCGUUGCCCGUGACCAUAGGGAACUCGCCCGCCGUGGUGAUACCGCAGAAGAGUCCGGGCGGGGCUGUAUCGUUUGGCAUGGCUUCCGAUAUUCCUGGAUUGUUCAUGUUUGUGAUUGGGUUCACCUUGGAAGCCGUGGCGGAUGUGCAGAAGUACGCGUUCAGGAAGAAGUAUGGCGGUGGGGCGGCGCAGGUCUGCAACAAGGGGCUAUGGAAGUAUUCGAGGCAUCCAAACUACUUCGGAGACAUCCUCGCCCAGUUUGGCAUCUACACAAUCUCCGUCUCACCAGUGAUCUCUCGCACCCUCCCCUCCUCCCCACGAGCAGCCCUCUACGCCUCCAUAGUAGGCCCCCUCUUCAUCACCUUCCUCCUCUUUUUCGUCUCCGGAAUGCCCCUCACGGAGCGGCCCGUCGCCAAACGCCGGUACGAGCUGGACCAUGGCUGGGACGAGUACGAAGACUACCUGCGCCGCACCAGUCCGUUUUUCCCCUUUCCGCCUUUCUUGUACGUUUAUGUGCCGGCUGGGCUGAAGAGGACGGUGUUUUUGGAGUUACCUAUGUAUGUUUUUGAUCCGAGUAGGGAUUCGGAGGUGGGGAGAGGGGGACUGAAGAGUCCAGGUGAGGCGGCUAGAGGUGAGGGAGAGACUAAUUAA